CGGGUUGGAAAAUUGCUUAAACGCACCAAGUGAAAGCUACAAGUUCCAGCUUCUCGCAAACGUGCUCAUUCAUUCACUCGUCGAUCAGAAGAACACCAUGCCUACCAUCAGUGUAGGGCGGGAUCGUCUGUUUGCGGCUCUAGGAAGAACUUACACGCAAGAGGAAUUUGAAGACCUGUGUUUCAGUUUUGGAAUUGAGCUUGACGAUGUUACGACAGAAAAAGCGAUUGUGAGAAAAGAGAAGCAUUUGGAAGAAGAAGAUGCUGAUGAGGAUGAAGAAAUUAUCUACAAAAUUGAAAUUCCUGCAAACAGAUAUGACCUACUCUGUCUUGAAGGACUGGCUCAAGCCCUUCGAGUUUUCUGUGGGUUCCAGGAAAUCCCCACUUACAAAUUGUCUGACAUUAGUAAGGAUAAAAUGCUUAAAAUGCAUGUGAAGCCAGAGACAUCUUUGAUUCGGCCCUUUGUUGUAUGUGCCGUAUUGAGAGGUAUAACUUUUGAUAAAGCGAGAUACAACAGCUUUAUUGAUCUCCAAGACAAGCUGCAUCAAAAUAUUUGUCGGCGAAGGACCCUUGUUGCUAUUGGCACUCAUGAUCUGGAUAAAUUGGAGGCUCCUUUUACCUAUGAGGCUUUACCACCUUCGAGUAUUAACUUUACUCCUCUAAAACAGGAAAGGAGCUUCAGGGCUGAUGAGCUCAUGGAGUUCUACAAAUCAGAUUUGAAACUGAAGAAAUUCCUGCAUAUUAUUGAGGACUCUCCCGUUUAUCCUGUUUUAUAUGAUAGUAAGAGAACUGUUUUAUCUUUACCCCCAAUUAUCAAUGGUGCACAUUCCGCCAUCACUUUGGAGACAAAGAAUGUAUUCAUUGAAUGCACUGCUACUGAUCUGACAAAGGCUAAAGUUGUUUUAAAUACAAUGGUAACAGCCUUUGCGGAAUAUUGUGCAAAUAAGUUUGUCAUUGAACCCGUGGAAGUGAUUUCUUCUGAUGGAAAAUCUCACAUAUACCCUGAUUUAUCUGUCUAUAAUAUGGAAGUUUCUCUAUCUUACAUUACAGGAUUGAUUGGAGUAUCCUUGGAGGCAGAAGAGGUUACCAAGUUUUUAAAUCGGAUGCAAUUGCAUGCCAAGCAAUCUACAUCUGACAGUAAACAGUGCAACUUUAUUGUGUCUGUACCCCCUACUAGAAGUGAUGUUCUUCAUCCAUGUGAUGUUAUGGAGGAUGUCGCAAUAGCUUAUGGAUUCAAUGCUAUUAAGGAUCAAGCAAUAGUCGAUAAUAAGGGGUCAAAGAGAUUAGCUGCUUCCUUGACACUACUUCCUCUGAAUGAGCUGAGUGAUCUUAUCAGAAAAGAGGUUGCAAUGAUUGGGUUCACGGAGGUUUUGACAUUCAUACUCUGCUCUAAAAAAGAAAACUUUUCCAUGCUAAACCGUAAAGAUGAUAAAUCCAAAGCGGUUAUCAUUGGAAACCCUAGAUCUUCAGACUUUGAGGCUGUCCGGACUAGUCUUAUGCCUGGCAUUUUGAAAACUGCUGCUCACAACAAGGAUCACCCAAAACCCAUAAAGAUUUUUGAAGUGGGUGAUAUAGCUAUUUUGGAUGACAAUGAUGUUGGUGCAAAAAAUCUACGCCAACUUGCUGCACUGUACUGUGGUGCUAAUGCAGGAUUUGAGAUUAUUCAUGGCUUAGUGGACAAAGUAAUGGAAAAGAAUGGGAUUACCUUUGUUUCACCUGGUGAUAAAUCAGGGUAUUAUAUUGAGCGGUCAGAUGAGCCCGAGUUUCUUGCUGGUAGACAAGCUAGAAUUAUUUACAAGGGAAAGCAAGUUGGGACUUUUGGCAUUGUUCAUCCAGAGGUAUUAAACAACUUUGACAUUCCUGAUCCCUGCUCCUUUGUUGAACUCAACAUUGAAAGUUUCUUGUAAGGAUUAUUUGAAGCAAAUGUAGCCAUUGUCCCCUGGAUAUUAGUGUAUUAUUCAUUCAGCCUGGGAGUCGAAAUGCUCAGCUGGUUAGGCUUUCACACUCUUUUUUGGAGAUUUAGAAGUACUAAAUGGGGAGCAGAAUGUAACUUGUAUGCCCCAGGAUUAGGGGUAUUUUGUUGAUUAUUAAAUUGUAUCAUUUUCUUUAGUUAAGUUAUUACAUUUCAUGUGUUUAGAACAUCAGAAGCCAUAAACUACCUGAUAAGGGAUGAUUCUACUUGUAGAGCUAUUGUUGAAGACAAUUUUGUCCUUAAAACCGAGAGAGAUGGAUAUCACUUGUAAUUUUUGCCAAUACAGAACAUGAGCAGUCACAAGUUACAAGCUAUAUUUCAAACAUUCUGUUAUACUUCAA